GGGAGAGCACUGUCCUGCCUUUGCCACCGCAGACGGGCAUGAUGAAGUCACUACGCUUUGCUUCUGCUGAGGCCCUGGUGUCCCACCCCCAGGUGGCCCUGCAGAGCCUGGACAGUGUGGCACACAACCUCUACCCACUUCUGUUCAAAGCCAGCUACUUGUUGGAGCGGGCAGAGGUAAUCCGAGUUCUGCUGGAGGGCUGGCCGCUGGAGGAGUUCCGGCUAGGCGCCCUGCUGGGGCCAAGCACAGACCACCCAGAAGACCUGCGGGACCGGGCCUGCAGGGCCUGCCUGGAGGCCUGUGUGAGGGGCCUGGCGGACCACGUGCUCCAGGGCAGGGGCCGGCAGCGGCUGCAGUUGGCCGACCUCAUGGGAGUCCGAGAUGUGCAGGUGCAACAGUGCCCCUGUGGGAGGGCGCUGGGCAGGUGGGGCCGAACAGAGCUGCUGGCCAGGACCUGCUGUGAGCUGCAGGCAGGUCCCCAUGCAGCCCGGCAUUCCGUAAAGGUCCUGGCGGAUCUCUUCGUCACUGAGGGAAACUUCCAGGCUGUGGUGCAGGCCCUGGCGCCGGCCGGCCCUGCCCCACUGCGAGUGCACUGCCUGUCCUUCCGGGCAGACAGCCUAGACCCCAGUCAGCUCCUGCAGGUGCUGUGUCUGGCCAGGCCAGGCGAGCUGCGCAGGCUGCAGGUGGUGCACAACGUGCGGCUACACGCCGGCCACGUGCAGCAGCUGCUGGCCCAGGUGCACUUCCCCCAGCUGGCCUCGCUCACCUUGCCUGCCAAGGCCUUUGACAGGCCCCCUGACUGUACCCCAACCACAGAGGAUGAGGACCCCCUCUUCACCUCCAUUGCUUGGGAGCUCAGCCAGAUGACCCAGCUCACCGAGCUGAGUGUGGCUUUCUCCACAUUGACGGGCAAGAUCCAGAAACUGCUUGGCCCCCUGAGGACCCCGCUGAGGGCGCUGGACCUGGCCAACUGCUCCCUGAACCACGCGGACAUGGCCUUCUUGGCAGACUGCACCCACGCCACCCACCUGGAGGUGCUAGACCUCAGCGGGCAUAGCCUGGUCCACCUUUUCCCUUCGAGCUUCUUCAGGCUGCUGGGCAGGGCCGCCCAGACCCUGAGGGUCCUCACCCUGGAGGAGUGCAGCCUCGACGACCACCACCUGAGCACGCUGAUCCUGGCCCUGAGCCCCUGCCAGCAGCUCCAGGAGCUCCGCUUCCUGGGGAACCCGCUGUCCGCCUCUGCCCUGCGGCGCCUCUUCCUGGCUCUCUGUGAGCUCCCCAAGCUGCGGUGGGUGGAGUUCCCAGUGCCCAAGGACUGCUUCCCUGAGGGUGCCGCCUACCCUCAGGACGAGCUGGCCAUGUCCAGGUUCGACCAGCAGAAAUACAACACAAUCGCCGAGGACCUGCGUGGGGUGCUGCUGCGGGCCGGCCGGGAUGACAUCCAGGUCUCCACGCCAGUCUUCGGCAGUUUUGACCCAGAUAUUCAAGAAACAAGCAAUGAACUUGGAGCUUUCUUGCUGCAAGCUUUCAAAACUGCCCUAGAAAACUUUUCCAGGGCACUGAAACAAAUGGAGUAGUCCCCUCAACAGGCCCCAGCGGGUCUGGCAUUUCAGCCGGCAGGUCGUGUUCCGGCCCCAGGCCGGCAGCCUGGGCCGAGCCUUGGCACCCUCACCGCGUCACCCAAAGCAUUUCUUAGUCAGAGUUGUUCUUGGUAUCCGCUAGGCGCUACAGGAGAGGAAGCCCUGCCUCUCAGUAGAUGUGACACGAGGGUCACUUUAGCGUCAAAGCACAGCGGGUGUGUUGGAGCAGAAAAAGCCCUGGGGUCACAGAAGCCACCAUCACAGUGGUGGGCACGAAGGCACCAAGGGACGGAGAGUGGCUGUCCUGGUCGUGGUGCAUCCCGGGUUGCGUGUGAGGUGCAGGCUGGCAGUGGCAGCAAAGAGGAGGUGCGGGAGCAGGACAUCAGGCUGGCAUGAGAGGGAAGAAACUAGAGGAAACGCCACAGAUCAGAUGUCAGAAAGCAACCAACUGGGAAAAGGGUGAAAGUGAAGAGCAUGGGAGCCAGACGCUGGCCCACCCCCCUCGGUUGUGUGCGGUGCUGACACUUCCAAGGUGAUGUCUGUCUGGGUAUGUACAGAGGCCAGCCUAGCAUGGACCUGGGGCUUCAGUGAUUAAUGGCUUCCAUCCACUUUCGAGGGGUUUGCAGUGCUCGGGCUCUGUUGCUGCUGGCGAGCCUGAGAGCACAAGGUUAAGGAACCAAAGGGCCUUCUCUGCCCACCGCAGCUCUGGGAGGGCACCUGUCACUGCACGGAAACCACAGGGCCUGCAACAACCCCACCCCUGUGGCCCAGGUUCUGCCUCCUUAGACUCGGGUGGAGGCCCGGGGCAGGGCUCUCUGUGGGGUCCGGGGAAGCGGCUCUGCCUGGUUGUCUCAGUCCUGGUGCACGAGAGGACACAGGUGGACUUGGUUUCCACCGAGCUCUGAUUGGUGCAAAGGUGAUUAGGAUGAUUAAAUACAAAUAAAACAUCAGUGUGUCUUAUUCAGAUGUGAUUUUAAUUUCAGUGCAAUUCAGAAUUUUUAAAGGACCCUAAAGAAAAUAAAACAUUUUCUCAAGACAGAAGCUGGUACUUG